AUGACAACUUCCCCAUCCACGCCCAGUAAUGAGACCCGUUUGGCAAAUGCACAAGCGGUGGAAAGCACAAUGAACAAUGCAACCGUACUCCGAUAUCCCUUUCAAUCCAUCGACCUCGGAUGGUUGGUGGAUUACAUUGGAGCCUGUUUUCAACCAGAGGACCGCUUCCCUGCGGCACUUCGCCUGCUUAAUGACUUCAUGGCAUUCGCCGUACUCCAUAAGGACCCUUUUUUGGGAGAGGCUUGCUAUGAGUUCUACAACGCGACGGCGGCGAAGGAUGAGGAAGAAUGGCCGCGGUUUCCCAAGGGUAUGGAUUCAUUCUGUGACAUCGCCCGUCGUGUUUUUGAGGCUAUCCGGCUUGUUUCCAAGUACCCGCAAUGGGACGUGAAUUCGAAGGUAGAAGCCCUCGGAAACAUUAAGGAAUUCAUACUGGAUAUUGGGGAACCCAGAAAUACUCCAACCAAAUUUAGCACCUCCAAUGCAGAAGAGGCUAUGAAAACCACCCUCAGCUUAAUAAAUGGUUUGAGGACCUCGCUCGACAACUUGGAGAUCUUUGGUGCGUUGAUGGAUUCGCUAAGGGCGCUGUUCUUUUGCUUUAGCCCGUGCGUUGGUGUGUAUAGCAUGUUCCAGGGUGCCAAUGCGAAUGGAACUGGGACAUAUGUCUGUUGUGACCGUUGUCCAUGUUACGUGAAGUUCCGUAGCACGUACACGUUGUUUAUAAAGGACAUUGAGAAAAUGAAAGUCAUUGACUGUUUGCUUAUGAUGGCAGUAAAGGAGGAUGAUGCGUUUGCAUGUAAGUUGGUGGAGGAUUUGCUCCAGCGACUGGAUUACCGCAAUCCUUUCCUCGACAAGCCGGUGCGUAGGGUUCAAAAUGGGUCCCUUUUUGCAGCGAGAGUAGCACUGUUCGACGCAUUCCGCCACGUGAAGGCGAUCAUGACGGGGUCAAUAAACCUGCAUACUGAUCUUCCAUCCCAUGUUGCAAGCGUCGCCCUCGCAUUGCAUGUGGUGCGACGGGAAGUGAAAAAUAUGGCCUGCGCAAGCGAACAACUUCCGGUGCUGGACCGCGCACUCACCACCGCCGACAACAUAUACACACGCCUCGGGAAAGGUAGUGUGACACAGCAUCUGCACACACUUAAGGAGUACAUCAUCACCACAUUCGCCUUCCUGAGCGAGCCUCAAUAUCACCUUGCGGUGCACAGUAAGACGCCGCCAAAUGAAAAUGGGGUUACCCCGAAAUGCCACAAUCCGUGUUGCCCGGGAAAUGUAAAAGAAGUGCUGAAGUGCGCCGCUUGCCGCACCGUAUCUUAUUGUGGUGUGGCAUGUCAACGAGAAGAUUACAAGUCACAUCGGCCCCUCUGCAUGGAGAUGGCCCGCCGAAAGGUAGCGCCGACGAUUAUAAAGACAGCAGAAACUGAAGUGCAGACCCUAAAGUCCGCUGCCUUCAGCUGA